AACUCAAAUAUAAGAACUACAAGGGCUUUACCUCUGUGGUGUUCAGACUAUGUCAGUAGCGCCUUCUACAUUCCAUAGAGACAAGAGCUAAAAGAACCAAACAGGGACGCAUUCACAUUUCAAGAUCGCUAAGAAAAGGUAGCAAUAUUUAAUAUGGGAUCAAAAGCUUGUGAAUCAAAUAAGGAAGAUCUUUUAUCAAGUAGUGGCAUCACAUCCAAUGGAGGUUCGUCAAGCCCAUUUUUUGUGUCACCUAUUCGUGGUACGAUCAUUGAAAACACAUCUUCACCUGGGACUUUGACACAGAUUCCUUUAUUCCCUAAAUAUGAAGUGGAACUUGAUCCUCACAGGAAAAUCAUCCCUUACCCUGGAAAGGAACAUAUCGAACGUGUUUUGGAAGAAUAUUCACAUCAAGUCAAAGAUCUGCAGAGAAAACUAAAUGAAAGCAAUGAGUUGCAUGAGAAACAGAAGUUUUACUUAAGGCAGUCAGUCAUUGAUUUGCAAACGAAACUUCAGGAGAUGCAAAUGGAGAGGGAUGCGAUGGCUGACAUCAGACGUAGGGAGAGUCAAUCCCAAGAGGAUUUAAGAAAUCAGCUUCAAAAUACAGUUCAUGAACUUGAAGCUGCCAAAUGCCUUAAAGAGGACAUGCUGAAAGACAGCAGCACACAGAUAGAGCAGCUAAGAAAAAUGAUGCUCAGUCACGAGGGAGUGCUUCAAGAAAUCCGGUCAAUCCUAGUUGACUUCGAAGAAGCCUCAGGCAAGAAAAUAUAUGAGCACGACAACACGUCCACUAUGCACUUCCGCAGCCUGGCCUCCGCUAUUAGUAAAAUCCUCAGAGAAUUAGACACAGAGAUUUCUUAUCUUAAAGGGAGGAUAUUACCAAUAGAGGAUCAGCUUGAAGCACUGAAAUCUGAAUCACAGAACAAAAUAGAACUACUUCUUCAGCAGCAUCAAGAUAGGAUUGAGCAGUUAAUAAGUGAGCAUGACAUUGAAAUAACAGGACUUACCGAGAAGGCCAGCAGUGCCCGCAGCCAAGCCAACAGUAUCCAGAGCCAGCUGGAGAUCAUUCAAGAGCAAGCAAGAAACCAAAAUUCAAUGUAUAUGCGUCAGCUUAGCGACCUGGAGUCCACGGUUUCUCAGCUACGUUCUGAAUUAAGGGAAGCCAAAAGGACGUACGAAGACAAGAUAGAAGAGCUGGAGAAGCAGUUAGUCCUCGCCAACUCAGAGCUAACUGAAGCACGGACGGAGCGUGACCAGUUCAGUCAGGAGUCUGGGAAUCUGGACGAUCAGCUUCAAAAGCUGCUGGCUGAUCUCCACAAGAGGGAGAAGGAGCUGAGCCUGGAGAAGGAGCAGAAUAAGCGUCUGUGGGACCGGGACACGGGCAACAGCAUCACCAUCGACCACCUGCGGCGGGAGCUGGACGACCGCAACAUGGAGGUGCAGCGCCUGGAGGCCCUGCUCAAGGCCAUGAAGAGCGAGUGUCAGGGCCAGAUGGAGCGGCAGAUGGCAGCCAUUCAGGGCAAGAACGAAAGCCUAGAGAAAGUGUCCUCCUUGACUGCCCAGCUCGAGUCCACCAAAGAGAUGCUGCGCAAAGUCGUGGAAGAGUUGACGGCCAAGAAAAUGACCCUGGAGAGCUCGGAGAGGACCGUGUCAGACCUGACAGCCUCCCUCCAGGAGAAAGAGAGAGCCAUCGAGGCCACCAACGCGGAGAUCACUAAGCUCCGCUCCCGGGUGGACUUGAAACUGCAGGAGCUGCAGCACCUGAAGAACGAAGGGGAUCACCUCCGGAACGUGCAGACGGAAUGCGAGGCCCUCAAGCUCCAGAUGGCGGAGAAGGACAAGGUGAUCGAGAUCUUGCGACAGCAGAUCGAAAACAUGACCCAGCUGGUGGGCCAGCACGGACGAACCGCUGGUGCCAUGCAAGUGGAGAAGGCCCAGCUGGAGAAGGAGAUUAACGAUAGGAGACUGGAGCUGCAGGAGUUCAAGAUUUUAAAAGAUAAAAAAGAUGCAAAGAUCCGGGAGCUCGAGGCCAGAGUGAGUGACCUGGAGCUGGAAAAGGUGAAGCUGGUAAACGCGGGCUCAGAGAGGCUCCGCGCAGUGAAGGACAUCAAACAGGAGCGAGACCAGCUACUGAAUGAGGUGAAGGCCGGUCGGAGCGAACUGAACAGUCUUUCCGAGGACUAUGAAGUCUUAAAAAGGAAUUUUCGAAACAAAAGUGAAGAAAUGGAAACCACUACAAAUAAGCUGAAAAUGCAACUAAAAUCUGCACAGUCUGAACUUGAACAAACAAGAAAUACAUUAAAGUCCAUGGAAGGAUCCGAUGGCCAUGCUAUGAAAGUGGCAAUGGGUAUGCAAAAGCAAAUCACAGCCAAAAGGGGUCAGAUAGAUGCCCUUCAGAGCAAGAUACAGUUUUUGGAAGAGGCAAUGACAAAUGCAAAUAAGGAGAAACAUUUUCUGAAAGAAGAGAAGAGUAAACUCAGCCAGGAAUUGACUACCAUUGCAACAGAGAAAAACAAGAUGGCAGGGGAACUGGAAGUCCUGAGAUCUCAGGAACGGCGUUUGAAAGAAAAGGUUGCUAAUAUGGAAGUUGCUCUUGAUAAGGCAUCUUUGCAGUUUGCAGAAUGUCAAGACAUAAUCCAACGUCAGGAGCAAGAAUCCGCACGCCUAAAACUCCAGCACACCUUGGAUGUGAAAGAACUUCAGGGUCCAGGAUACACCUCCAAUUCUUCAGUGAAACCACGCCUUCUCCAGCCUUCAUCUGUCACACGUUCUCAUUCUAACGUGGCAUCUUCCCAGUCUACAGCCAGCUUCCUGUCCCACCACUCUAUGAAACCCAACACACUGAAGGAAGAUCCAACAAGGGACCUGAAACAGCUUCUCCAGGAGCUGAGAAGUGUGAUCAACGAGGAGCCGGCAGUGCCUCUGAACAAGACGGAGAACGAUGGCCGAACACCAUCCCUGGGAGCCUUAGAUGAACGGGUAAGAGACUGCAUCACUGAAUCAAGCCUGCGGUCAGACAUAUGCCAUAGAAGCAACAACUCAUUAAGGGACUCCACUGAAGGCAGCAAAUCAAGUGAGACUCUGAGCAGAGAGCCAGUCACCUUACAUGCGGGAGACAUGGAAGACCCAUCUUGCUGCUUCACUUUCCAACCUACAGCAAGUCCGUCUGUGAAAAACUCAGCUUCUCGUUCGUUCACUUCUUCUCCUAAGAAGUCGCCAGUGCACUCACUCCUAACGAGUUCGGCCGAAGAGUCCGUCGGUUCCGCGUCGCAGUAUCGGUCCACCAAACCCGUCCACUCACCUGACUCUGUAAAAGUCUCCGUCACUAGAAACAACAGGAAAAACAUGCAGAAAGCUGCAGAACAGGCUGGAAAGCUUGCAGACUUUGGUGGAAGAUUUACAGCUGAAGAACCAAGCAAUGUCUUCAAUGAUCAGAAAUCAGGAAAAGAGGAUACAGAAAGUCAAAGACCAGGAAAAAAUGUUACUAAAAUGACGCACUGCUUGCCUAUUCUUGACAAAGGGAUGAUGCCUAAUUAAUUGUGGUGUUACUUAUAAUUAACGCCUUGUGUACGUUUCUCUUUUUAUGUGAAAAUUUAAUAAAAGGUAGCCUGUCCUAUAA